GCGACCGUGGACAUCCGCUUUGAUUUUCCGCCAUCUUCCAUUCGGUUGUGCAUCCAUUGUUCAUACAAGCUAAUGACGGCUGGUUUGCACAGUCAGCGACAGGUGAUUUGUGCCCCUUUUUAUAACAACUUCUGUAAGUCUACAUGAACAUUAUCAGAAAGUCACAUAUUUAGAAAGUGCGUGUGUAUCCCUCAACAUACCAUACACGGAUUACUCACGCAGGGCGCGACCUACGAAAACAUGAUGAUGAUGGACGACGAACAGCCCAAAACCCUGUAUGUAGGGAACCUGUCCAGGGAUGUCACUGAGCCCCUCAUCCUACAGGUUUUCACACAGAUCGGCCCCUGCAAGAGCUGUAAAAUGAUUUUUGAUACUGCAGGCAAUGACCCAUAUUGCUUUGUGGAGUUCUAUGAACACAGGCAUGCUGCUGCUUCGCUGUCUGCCAUGAAUGGACGUAAAAUUAUGGGUAAGGAGGUUAAAGUCAACUGGGCCACAACGCCAAGCAGUCAGAAAAAAGACACGAGCAAUCAUUUCCAUGUCUUUGUCGGAGACCUCAGCCCCGAAAUCACCACAGAUGAUGUCAAAGCUGCCUUCGGCCCAUUUGGGAGGAUAUCGGAUGCUCGCGUGGUCAAAGAUAUUGCCACAGGGAAAUCUAAAGGCUAUGGCUUUGUCUCUUUCUUCAACAAGUGGGAUGCAGAGAAUGCCAUUCAGCAGAUGGGUGGCCAAUGGCUAGGCGGCAGACAGAUCAGGACCAACUGGGCCACUAGAAAACCCCCAGCCCCUAAAACCACCUAUGAAACCAACACCAAGCACCUGGCCUUUGAUGAGGUAGUGAACCAGUCCAGCCCCAGUAACUGCACUGUGUACUGUGGAGGAGUCAGCACCGGUCUAACAGAACAAUUGAUGAGACAGACCUUCUCCCCCUUUGGACAAAUCAUGGAAAUCCGUGUGUUCCCAGACAAAGGAUAUUCCUUUGUGAGGUUUAACUCUCACGAGGGAGCAGCCCAUGCCAUUGUGUCUGUGAAUGGGACUUCGUUAGAGGGACAUAUGGUGAAGUGUUACUGGGGUAAAGAGACCCCGGACAUGAUGAGCCCUAUGCAGCAGGUUCAGCAAGUUCCCCAGAACAAAGUGGGCUUUGCAGCCCAGCCCUACGGCCAGUAUGCCCAGUGGUAUGGCAACGCCCAGCAGAUUGGCCAGUACGUCCCCAACGGGUGGCAGGUACCCACCUAUGGGGUUUACGGCCAGGCCCAGGCCUGGAACCAGCAGGGUUUUCAUCACUUACCGGCCAGUGCUGGGUGGACAGGCGUGAGUGCCCUCAGUAAUGGUGGGGUUAUGGAAGCUACACAGGGAUUGAAUGGGAGUAUGCUAGCAAACCAGGCCAGUAUGGGAGCCACAGGAUACCCCACACACUGAUUGGGUGGGGGAUCAACUCUUUACUGGCUACUGGAGCACCACAGGGAUCUGUGUUAUAUCCCCUCCACUUGUGGCAGACUAAGACUUGUUGGUACAUGGAAUUUGAAAGGGAAGUUGACCUCUACUAAAGCCCAUGAAACUGAUUUCAUGGGAGGUUAAGGGGAGCCAUGGAGGACUGGAAUAAACCACACAGGUAUUAUGCUGCCCUUGUGUUAGACGGACUGUACAUGGCCAGUGCGGUACCAUUUUAAAUUUACUGUAAAUUAAUAUAACUUAAGGAGGGACUUGAGUGUCUCAAACCCAUUUUCAUAAGGACUCUUGAACAGUCAAAGUAAAUUGCUUGUGAAUUUUUAAGAUUAAUAAGCCAUUUAGAGUUUGAUGCAAUGAAUCAUGUAAAAAGUAAUGGACCUUCACCUUUUUUUGUUUGAGGUAAUAAAAUGGAUAACUUUUUUUCUCGCAUUUUGUUUUCAAUUCAACCAAUUGCAGGGAUAGAUGCCACUUCUUUCUUUCUGUAAGGGCAGACAAAUAUUGCACAGUAUUCUCUUGUAUUUUUACAAAUUUGAUUUCCAAGAGGUUUCUUUUUGCAUUCCACCUUUCCUCUUUGUUUCUUUUGGAUGGCCUCAAAACAUUUGCUUAAUUUGUAAAUAACCUUACCUUGAUUUCAAGCUGUAUAAAGGAAAAUGCAAAUGUUCACGAAGGGAGCUUGCUUUGCUUUCUUUGUUUUUGUUUUGAUAACUGAAGAAAUUAAACAUUUUUAGUAGUAGCAUUAUCAAAUGCAUAUCCAUAGUAACUGGCACAGAGAUACAUGUACUUCCAGGAAGGGAAAAGAAAGCAUUGCUAUGCAGUGUAAAAAUGAACACAAUUUUGACUUUGAAUAGUAAUUCUGUGCAUAAAUUUGAGUUUUCUGCCAUUUUCUAUGAAGUAAGAUCAGUAUUAUUUAUGGAAAAACCUGAAUGAAUCAGAAAUGUGCACUGUCGCCCCUUGGACAUGUAUUAAUACCAGAGGGACCAGACCCAUUGUGUUGAUUUUAACGGGCACAAUAUCAUUAAAGAUUAGACAGUGCCUACAGAUAUUUUCAGACCUUUAGUUUUGAAAAGUGUUAUACUCUGGGGUUUGAUAAUGUUUCUGCUACUGUAAUAACCAAUGUGUUCUUGCUUUGUCCAAUUAAAAUGCUGAUGUGCAUAAACAA